UGUCAGUCAUAGUCGCUGACGAGGGCGUAUAGUGGGCAGUUAAGCCACAAGUAAACAUUACAGCUUUACCAAAAGGAUAGGCGUGAAGUAGCCAUUGGUUUCACAGGAAGGGAGGAAAUUACCCUUUUCCUGAUUGCUGGGUAGUUAAACUCUCUUUCCAGAGGGGAUAUUAAUCGAUGAGGUGCUAAUUCAAACAGUGAGGACAAAGGAACAGUGAAUAAUUUAAAAAACAGAACUGUAAACAGCUGAAUCCUCAAAAAACUUUAUUAGAAGGAAGGCAGUAGCCAAGUGAAGCAGCUGGAAUCACACUGAAGUCGCUCUGAACUUUGCAGAUCGCUUCACUCUUCCCUCUGCUGCAGAGAUCGCAUCCCCGAUUUACAGUGCACUUCCUUCCAAAGAGCUAAACAGGGUUCAUCCUCUACCCAAAGUUAAGUGAUCCGCUGUGGUCAACAAAAAGAGAAAGAAGCUGUGCAGCAUGGAAUUCGAAGAUUUUGAGAAUUACUCUUAUAUCUAUGACCUGUCUGAGGAAGAUGAAUCACCCCAGUCCUCCCUCAGCAUUGCCCAUAUGAUUUCCCUUUCCUUUUACAGCGUGGCAUUUCUGCUGGGAGUGCCAGGUAAUGCCAUUGUCAUCUGGUUUAUGGGCUUUAAGUGGGAUAAAUCUGUCUCUACACUCUGGUUCCUCAAUCUGGCCAUUGCAGAUUUCAUCUUUGUUCUCUUCUUGCCCCUGUAUAUUACCUAUGUGGCAAUGGGCUUCCACUGGCCUUUUGGGAAGUGGCUCUGCAAAAUGAACUCGUUCAUUGCACUCCUUAAUAUGUUUGCCAGUGUUUUCUUCCUGACGUUCAUCAGCCUUGACCGCUACAUCCGCCUAGUCCACCCAGUCUUUUCCUACAAAUAUCGGACUGUAAGGAACACCCUCAUUCUUAGUGGGAUCAUUUGGAUCUCGGCUGCAAUUAUCGGUGGCCCCGCCUUAUACUUCAGAGACACAACUACAGUUCUCAACAACAUCACCCUUUGCUACAACAACUUCCAUGUGCAUGACAGAGAACUCGUUCUGCUGAGACACCACAUUCUCAUAUGGGUGCGACUUGCAUUUGGUUACCUCUUUCCACUAGUGACCAUGGUCAUUUGCUACUCGCUGCUGAUUGUGAAGGUGAAGAAGAGAACUGUACUGACUUCCAGCAGGCUUUUCUGGACCAUCAUUGCUGUAGUCGUAGCUUUUUUUCUUUGCUGGACACCAUAUCACAUAUUCAGCAUUGUGGAGCUGUCUGCUCACCAUGAUGAAAACUUGCACGGCUUAUUGCAGGAUGGCAUUCCCCUCUCCACUGGCCUUGCUUUCAUCAACAGUUGCCUUAAUCCAAUCCUCUAUGUUCUGAUUAGCAAGAAGUUCCAGGCCCAGGUCAAGACAACUGUCUCUGAAGUGCUAAAAUUAGCACUGUGGGAAGUGAGCCGCUCAGGGACUGUCAGUGAGCAGCUGUGGAGCUCAGACAACACCCAUGCACCCGCAUGCUAUUGCGAAACUGCUCAGUGACUGCUCUUGUCACUAUCCCUCUCCAAAAUAACUGGCAGGAGAUUUGGAGAUGUUCUUGUCUUCACAUCUGCCUUCAGAUGUGCAUCUUUGCAUAAACAGUUUUAUGUAAACAACUGGCUGAAUUGCGCAUGCUGCUUUCCUUGGAAGGUUUUUACAGGACACAUCAUUUGGGUGCGGUGUGGUUGCAAUGAGCCUGAACUGAAAGCUGUCAGCAUAACUGGAACUGCUCUAAUUUGGUUUCUGAACAGGAAUGUGAAUAUUUCUAUUAUUAAUCCUGUUUUGUUGUUGUUGUUGCAAUUCCAUACCUUGAUGACUUAAAAAAAAAAAAAAACUAAAAAAAAAAAUUCCUCCUUGCCCUCACUGACAAUGCUGUAGAUCUGGGCAUCCUCAUCCCAUCCUGGCUGUACGUCAGUGGGUUAUGACAGCCCUGAGUGUCUAGCGCUGCUUAAAGGAAUCUCCUGGCUACACCAUAGCUAAGCAAAGCUGUCAGUGGUUCCCCUUUCCAGUCAGAAAGGAUCCCAAUAUAGAGAACACUGAAUUGUUGCCUUCUCUUGUUAAAAAAGAACAACACAGAAAUAAAUUCUGAUUUCUCCCGUUGCUCUUUGCCUUACACUCAAAUAGGUAAGGCAGGAAUCACUGUGCUUGCUGGUCACUUACCCCCUUAUUCUUGUGUUCUUAUUACUAGUUGGAUGUACAAUACUGAGGUGGUUUCAAAUAAGUAUUUGGUUCAUUUGAAAUGUGAGCAGAAUUAGUAGAAAUGUUUCUUUGAGAAGCUGAGAUUAAAGGCCCCCUGCCACACACAUACUUUCUCUGGGCUUUAGGUUUGAAGAGGUUCAUGACAAUCAGUUGCUUUUUAUUGCUCUCACAAAAAGAAAAAGGUUAAGAAGUAAUUUAACGCUUUGUUUGCCUUAAUGCAAACCUUCUAAAAAUGGAUGCAGUGAAUUUGGCACGGUUCUGUUACAAGCCAAAUUCAGACCUCUUUGCCGAGCUAGAGGCAGGACAAUACACUCAGGAAAUAACAUCUAUUCCAAUAAGAAAGAGGCAACAGCCCUAAUGAAGUUAUAUCCCACUCCAACUUGUUGCUUGCUGUAGAAUCAUUCAUCCACCAAUGCACACAGAUACAUGCUAAAUAAAGUGGACCAAUAUCUGAGGCAAAACCACUGAAUUAAGUUGAAUGUGAGAUAAAGCUCCAUUAAAAGUAGGAGCAUAAGAUUUUGGGUUCAAUUUGACCAGUAUUUCCUCAUUAUUGGCCUCAGAAUGAAGAAUCAAAUUGCCUUUCAGAUGAUCUAUCUAGUUUCUGUGGCUUGACAAUACGUAUAUGGCCUUAAUUGAAUUAUAAAUUUUAUUUUAUGUAAAUACAUUUCAUACGAAAGCAAAUACACACACACAGAGGAGCACAUCCCUAUAUGGGUAGCUGUGCAAAUAGAAACAAUCUGACUGUGGUCUGUAACUAUGUUUCUUUAGGCUCUGGUUUAAAGUUGGGAGAGUUAAGGUAGGAUCAGUGGAAUUUCAAUGUAUUUAUCUUUGGGCUGGAAAGUUGGUAGGCAGCACUUUUUCCUCUGAGUCACUCACUGCCUGGUACAUACUGACUCAUGAUUGUCUUUUAGACAUAUUCAGUAGUGUGGUGCCAAAUCAAACAUUUUGCAUUUUUUCUUCACAUAUCCCCUGACAUCUUUCUAAGAAUGAUGUGUUAGUGCUAUGCUCCUGACUGUACUCCAAGUGGAGUAAUAAAAUUUUGUUGUCUCUGAA